AGUUUAUUCACCAUCUUUUCUCACUCAUGCUGUGUGCCAUUCCCUCUCUCUCCCGUCUUACACUUCCUCAAACUGGCCAGAGCUCCUCUUGUAUUCUCUCCACAUCCUGUCCUGUACAGAUUUGUAUCAAUUUCGCCUAAUUCUCAGGCCACAUUUUUUUUUUAAUCCUGAACUUUUUCUUUAACAAUUUUACAUUUUUUUUUUUAUUUUAAUUUUUUUUUUUUAUUUGGAGGUUGGUCCCGUAUCCUCUCUCAUUCCGGUGUACAACCCUGAACUGUACAAGAUCUCUCUGAUUUGAGUCUCCCAACGGUUUUUGGCAGGAGAAAAAGUGCUUAGAAGAAUUUCCCACCACAAUGAAAGUUCAGCUGCUGCUCCUCCUGGCCCUGGCCGGCCCUCUCUGCUCCUUCACACGUGCAAGUCCCACGACAGUUACCUCGUACUCCUCUUCGGUAACAAAAAAAGCAGAAGAAACAAUAAUCACCGGCCCUCCUCCCACCGACCCACAAGUUGCACCUCAAGAUGUAGAGUUCAGUACUGCUGCAACUGAGGCCAACACCGAUGUCUCUACUACAGAAUCAAAUCUGAUCCUUGGUACAACCUCUGUGGAAGUAACCAGAGCUCCCACCGUGCACACUUCAACCUCCGCUGAGACGGCUUCACCUCCUCCCGAGACCACCGCUGCUCCCAUUUUCGAAACCACUGGCUCAGAAGAGACCAGUAGCCCCUUCAUUGACGGGACCGAAGCACCGAUUGAUCCCACCAUGAGUCCAGGUGCAACUACGGGGACCGACAAUGACAACGCAGGUGUAACGGUGGAAACGCAAGAGGGCCUGAGCACCGGACAAAUCGUGGGAAUUGUGUUUGGUGCCAUGGUGGCCGUGGUAAUUGUCAUCGCUGUUGUGAUCGCAGUGUUGAGGAGGAUGGGCAAAUACUCCCCUUGAAGAAAAAGUCAACCAAGCAGCAGGAGCGUGGAAAGUUCUGGAAAUUCUAAACUACUGAACUGUGACUUUGAGUUUGAUAAUUAAAACGAGCACAAUGCCAGAACUAAACUAAUCUAACCUGGACUUGAAAUGAUGCCAAACCAAUGGGUGCAGUGAGGGUCGAGUGUUUUGUUGUGUGUGUAUACAGUGUGUACUGUAACGUGUGUGAGACAAGAGGGGGUGCAAAAAGUCAAAAUCUUCGUUUUCCCCUGCUUACCUCCCCCAAAAAAGCUCUCUCUUCCCUCAUGUUCCUGAAGUGAACAAAAAAAAGAAAAAAAAAAAAAAAAAAAAGCAAGGGGACAGCAAAUUAUUUUGUUGUGCUUUUUGAAUAUAUUUUGUUGAAUGAGUAAACAAAUAUCUGACAUCAGGAAGAAGGCAUUGUUCUCCAUGAAAGGGAAGUCGGUAAGCAAAAUUACUGUUGAACUUUGAGAAAUCAACGAAUGGAGAAAUGUAUCAAAUACAAAAGGGGGAUGAGAGGGUAGGAAGUAGAAAAUACUGUUGCAAACCCAUAGGAUGUAUGUAUAUAUAUUGAAUUCAUUGGCGCUACAUAGGAUAGAGCGAGCAACUUUCUCAUUUUCUUACAGUUGCAUAGGCUAGAAUUUGACAAUAUUCAGUGUACAGUAUGAACAGGCAAUCAUAGGAUGGUGUUGUACAGUGCCUCAAAAAGCAUUAUGCCCCAUUAUAGUUUUUUUUUCUUUUUGUUUUUUUGCUUUUGCUUUUUUUGCACUUAAAUGUUGCAAUAAAUGGCAGUUAGUUGCUGCUAGAAAAAAAAAUUGUUCCAGACUUGUUUUAGUUUAGCCCUGUUGGAGAGUUGCUUUAGCAUAAGCAAGCUGUUUAAGGUCAUUCCACUGCACACCAAUUUUACUAAAAUCUGGACUUUUUAUUUUUUUAGGCAUUGGACUGUAGAAUUGCUCAAAUGCUUGCAUAAACCAAGCUGCUUAAGUUCAGUCACGGCCAGUCAUCAGUCAUUUUGGGGAAUUUCAAACAACCUCUUCCCGUCUUUUUUGCUCAGCAGUGGUUUUUGCUAUUAAAGACACUUUUUCCCACUUCCUUCACUAUUGCUGAAUUAUGAACUCUGACCUUAACUGAUGCAAGUGAGGUCUGCAGAGCUUUAGAUGUAAUUUUAAAUGCCCUCUUGGAGUAUUUUUUGUAAUUUUUAGCCCCUCCUGGAGAGGUUCACCACUGUGCCAUGUUUCUCAUUUUUUAGCCUCCUCUAUGUUGACAGGCAGAUUUUAUCUGAACAGUUUAUUGAUUCUAUUUAGGCCUGGAUGUGACUUGGAAAAUUAAACUCAGUUUUCGAAAAAACACAGAUAAGUCGCAAUUUACCAGGGUUAGUGACCAUGUUUUUGUAUUUUUGGUCACCAACCCUGACUGAGUUGGUUUGGAUAGUUAAUUUCCCCUCAAUAAAUACAAAACAUAUAUAUCAGGGAAUUGAUUUUUGUAAUCACUCCCUUUAUGACAGUCUGCUAUAUUUCUUUUUGAAAACAUUUGAAUGUAGCAAAAACAGCAAGAACAGAAGAAACCUGUAAUGGGGCAAAUACUUUUUCACUGUAGUGAAGUCGUGAACACCCGUUAGAAUAGUUUCCUGUGCGGCCAAAAUACCCGACACCUCGUCCAAUUGCAUGAAGCACAGCGUGCAGACCUUGUCCUGGCCAUGGACGUCCUCUUUGAGGAUGAGCGCAGCAGAAACCGCAGCCCUCGUUUGCAGGAGCACCGUGACAUUCUGCCCACUUUAACACUGACACAUUAAAACCUAAUACAUAUCUGUGAAAUUUAGCAGAAGGGUUUGUGCCACUGUUUCUGGUAUUCUCUCGCUAGCGCAGAGGAUUUCAAAGUUUUGAAGUGUGCUACGACUGUGUCUUGAAUGGACUUCUUCAACUGGUCCCUGCUCUACUUCGGGUCUUUCUGCUGUCGCAGGUUGCUAGAUGUGAUAUAAGUAUAGGCUUAACAGUAUAUUCUUCUGUUUAUGUUACCAGAACAGCCGUCCAGUUGUUAACUGCAUAUUGCACACAGGAUAACAUUUCUUAGCUGCACUUAGUUUUAGUGCUUAAUGUUAAGCAGGCAUUUUUUUAAAUAUUGUGUUCCAACUGUAACUGUGCUAACUGGGUGUAUAAAUACUCUUAUCUUACCUUGCCUGCUUUUAAAACUUGUUUAAUAUGUGCACUGAACGAGACGAGUAAUGUUUAAUGAUUUAGACUUUAGACACUGCAAAUGUUUGCAAUGAUCCAUUUCUUUUGCUUUGCCAUGAUGUCGUCCAUUUGUGCCAUGUUUUUCAUGCAAACCUCUUAUUUAAUUGCAGUGUUUUUGUUCAUGCAGUUUCAAUAAAACGAGAAACAUUUCACAAA